AACCGGCCCUGAAGUCGAGGAGCACCUCUGCGCUCUCAGCUCUGCCCCUGCCCGUCAUCCGCUUGUGAUGUGAACACUGAACAGUGAACACUGACUGAACAGUGGCACUCGUGCCGUUGGGCGGACUCAUUCGUAUCUACCGUCGAAACAUUUCCGCGCUGUGCGCCUCUUGGACGUUCACCAGGAUUGUUGCAAAAUCCCAGAUAGGAUAUGUGACCGAAGAGGAGUCGCCAGUCCUCUUCCAAGGAAUAUGCCGCGGAGGAAGUCACAAGGCGCUCAACCUAAUAAAAGUUUCAAAUCCGCCGGCCAUCUACAGGAGAAAGGUCCACUCGGCACCUCCGUUAUCGACAAAAAUGAUAAAGCUUUGGAAAAAAACGGAUUGGACAGGGGCAGCAAGAUGGUCAGAGAAAGUGAAACCAACAAGUAUUUACACAAGAAGUUCAAAAAAGUGGCAACAUUGGAAGACACGACACCAGGGAAGGCGAAAGAAAGAUUUUUCCCCACAGUGGAGGAAACCAUUAGUCCAGUGUCACCAGGAUGGAAUGGAAGAUCCAGGUCGCAUCCUCUUAAGAUGGACAGUCAGAGUUCCGAAGAGGAAGAAAACCAACCAGAGGUAAAAAAAAUCUACAAGCCCAAGUUUCAUCUUGAAGAAAUCAAACCAUCAGAAGUGCAGAAGAUAGGAGUUUCUUCAAGCACAGAUGUCUUACAUAUGAGGAUAAAUAAAUUGAUUAGUGACAAUCAGGCUAUAGUUAAUGAUGCGACAUGGCCUAAGAAAACCUCUUCUUCCCUUCGGAAUGGUGAUUCGAAGGAGUCUUUAUCUUUAAGAGUUUCCGCCUGUGAAUUAGAAGAACCUCAACCACUCAAUUUGACAGUGAAAGAGUCAAGAAAGAGGUCAUUAUCGGAAACCUUGAUUUCUGAUGGUUCUAUCAUCAAAAACAUCCUCCUCAAAACAAGGGAGAAGCCAGAUGUCUCUAAAAUUACAAAUGCUAUCCUUCAUCCUUGCCCAAAUUGUAAAAUAGUCUUCCAAACUAUAGACAAUCUAAAUACUCAUUUGUAUUCGUGUAAAUCUAAGUCUUCCCCUGGGCCCCUAUUAGGUAAAACGCCCCUUGUAGAUGGUUUUAAUGAUUUAAAAAAAAGAAAAAUAGAUUUUAGUUUAAAGUUGGAUGAAAAGAAGUCAGUGAAACUGUUUGGUGGUGAAGUCCAGAUCCUAGAUAGUCCUGCUGGUGAGUCUAAAAUCUUAAGGAUAGAUGGAAGGAAAGAGGUAAUAGAGUCAAUGAUGAAAAAAGAAGUAGUGACAAUAUCAAAGACAGGCUUGCAUUCUGUGGGAGGGACCAUGAUUCAAUCUGAAAGUAUAUCCCCAAAGCCAAUUUACCCAGAAAAAAUGGUCCUUCCUAUAUUACCAACUGUUGCACCACCCAAUGUCCCUGGUAUAGCAUCUCCUUUGAAAUAUCCCUCUACUAUCAAUCCUCUUACCAGCAUAACUGCUUAUAACUCUCUCACUCUUCAAACCCUAACCCCAGAAUCCCUGUCGCCACUCAAACCAACAAACUCUUGUCCGUACAAUGGAGUAAUGACGAUACUACAUGCUGGAAAACCUAUUCCUUUUGUCCAAGGUAUCCCUGGCCCCAACUCUCUCCUAUCUCCUCAACCCCUCAUUCCUAAAAAACCAGAAAAGACCGUGAUCAUUCAACCAGCACAACAAAAAGUUGAGCAGAAACCUUUGCCUCCACUAAGAAUUGAUGUAGAAGAGAGAUUGCUACCAUCAAGGACUAAUUUGGAAACAGAUGUUGAGGUAGGUGAAAAGAAAUUUCUGAGACCAAGCACUCUCCCUCUGAAACCGGGUUCAUACACACCGAAGCGUUCUCUUACAACUCCUAAUGCUAUAUGUCUGGUUUCACCAGAGACUCCUCGCCCUAGAAAAGCUUUCUGUCAACUAUUUCUCAAUGGUCAUGCUUAUACGGGCAUUGGGCUUAAGUGUUCAACAAAAACAUUUUUCUGCACUUUAAACAGUGUCCAGCCCACCUACCUCCCACUCAUGCCCAAUGACAAAGUGUCUAUGUACUCUCAAUGGCUGCAAAUUCGUAAAGAUCCAGUUCCUCUGCCUCCUAGUCUUGAACUGGAUCCGAAGAAAGCAAUUGCGCAGUACGAUUCGAGGAACAGGGAUUCAUCAUACACUAUUUCCAACAGGGAUAAAAAAGAUCUCAUAACGCACUCUACCUUCUACACUGAUCGAGAAUUAACUGAAAUGGAAAAAGUUGUGAAAAAUGGAGGUGAGAAUGAUUCACAUCCUAUGAAGAUAAAAGUCUGUGAAGGUGGUUUUGAAUCUAAUGAAGAUUAUAUUUAUAUCAGAGGCAGAGGUCGAGGUCGCUAUGUAUGUGAAGAAUGUGGAAUUAGAUGUAAGAAACCUUCAAUGCUCAAAAAACAUAUUCGUACUCAUACUGAUCUUAGACCUUAUACUUGUAAAUACUGUACAUUUAGUUUCAAGACAAAAGGGAAUUUAACAAAACAUAUGAAAUCCAAGUCUCACUAUAAAAGAUGUAAGGAGUUGGAUAUUUCUCCCAUUCCCACUUCUAUUGAAGAUUAUCCAGAUAAAUCAGAUAAUGAAAAUCUGGAAGAAAAAGGAUUGGAAGAAGAAGAUGACGAAUCAGAAGAAGAAACAGAGGAUGAUGAAGAGGAGGAAGAAGAAGAAGAAGAAGAUAAAGAUUCUAUUGAAGAAGGAGAUGGUUGUAAAAUUGAAAGGGAGGCGGCAAAGUCAUUGCUGAGUUUAUCAGAAAGAACUUUAGAGGCAGCUCACCGACAGUAUAUUAGUGCUGGUCUCAUUUCACAGAUAUCUCGCCCUCGCUCAUACCCUUAUAACGAGAUUACUUCGGAAAAAUGUCCGGAGGAGAAAGCGGCAACCAUAGAGUCUUGGUGGAAGGACUUACUGAUGUUGAACAAAGACUGUCAUGAGCUGAGAGUCAAGGUGGAACCAUUGAAGGUGGAACCCCUCAAUGUGGAGCCUCUUGAAGAAGAGAGUAAACCAUUGCUUGGCUGUGCAAAGACUUCUGUGAUAACGUCGGUUGGUGGGCCAGUAGUAGUGCCUCCAAUCAGCUCGAAUAUAGAAAACAUUCCACCUUCCGUAACCACUCCAACAGAAUAUCCUGAAAAUAGUCUCCUCUUACAUGCUUAUUUAACUGAACGGGCUUUGAAGGACUCCAUGGUGAAACACCAGCAAGUAUACGAGUCAAAAUCUGUUGUAGACGAAGAAUUAAAAGAGGAAAAUAAUGUGGAAGAAGAAGAAUCAGUGGUACAGGCCAUUGCCAGGAUGGAUGUUAAAAAGAUCAUUCGGAUACCAACCCCUCCAGUUGAUACUUCAACCCAAUCACCACCAACAAAACUGGCCGAAAGUCCAAAUAAACAUCGCAAAGCAGAGUUUUUCCCUCCAUCUAAUGCUCCUAAUCUUAGUUAUAUCAGUACAACAGAAGAUGGUAGAAGUAUGUGUGUUAUGUGCAAUAAAGUUUUCAACAAACCAAGUCAACUACGACUUCAUGUGAAUAUCCAUUAUUUUGAGCGACCUUUCCGGUGUGAUUCGUGUGCGGUAUCUUUCAGGACUAAAGGUCAUCUACAGAAGCAUCAGAGGUCAUUAGCACAUCUUAAUAAGGUUAACAUGAAUUCAACUUUUGGGACUGCAACAACAAGCAAUCCAAGGCCAUUCAAGUGUGACUAUUGCAAAGUGGCCUUUAGGAUCCAUGGCCACCUAGCCAAACAUUUCCGAAGUAAACUGCACAUAAUGAAACUAGAAUGUGUCGGUAAGCUUCCAUUUGGCACAUAUGCUGACCUCGAGAAGUUUGGUGUCAACAUGAAUGACAUUGAUACGACUGACUGUGAAAAUUCACUCGAAAGUCUACAGCUUUUAGCUGCCAAGAUGGCUGGGAAGGACCCAAAGGAUCCAAGUCGUCCUUGGGAAGAUUCUUCCGAUUGUUCAACAAAAGGCUCUGAAGAUGAGCCUCUAACAAAAAAAGUUUCCAAGUUUGUUGGUGGGUUGGGUAGUCAGGUGAGAGUGAGCAGCCCCCCAAUUGAUCCCUCAGAAGGCUCAUUCUCCCUGACACCAUGUUUUCAAAAGAAAGUGAAUUUUUAGUACAAAUAGAUUUAUUGAUAAUUAUUAAAUGUUAUAAAUAUUAUUAAAAAAAUAAUGUCUAUUUUAAAAAAAAGAGAUAUGAACGACUUAAAAAAAAAAAAAAAAAAUAUUUUGACAUUUAAAUUGUUUUUAUUUUUUAAUUUGUUGUUAAAUAAUAAUUUUAAAAUAUUUUAACCAUUGGCCUGACUUGUGUGAUUAUUAUUGUACAAAAUGUUUGAAAUAUAUGAUAUCAACAGUUCAAUUCAAAUUUGUUAAAACUAUAUGUGAUUAUAUAAAUUAUAUCAAAUUUUAUGAAAUUUCUAAGCCAAAUUUUCGAUAAAUUUUUUGUAGAAUUGUUGUUUAAGAAUGAUCAUGACUUUUAUACUGUAAUAUUGGGAGUACAUAAAACAUAAUCUAUGAAAUUGUCUAUUUUUGGAGAGUUUUUAGAUUUGGCAAAUGUAAACUUUAUAGCCUGUAUUUUUUUUUUUUUUUUUUUUUUAAAUCUUCAAUUUUGUUCAAAGGAAAUUGUGAUUAAUCUUUAUAUUGUACAUUCUGAGAUAAAUAGAGAAUAAAUUAUGUACAUUUUGUUAAUUGUUAUUUCUUAUUUGUUUAUGGACUUUUUGUAUGUGUACAUUUG